UCUGUUCCCUCUAACUGAGUCAGGACGUCUCAUACAGCAGCUCUGGUUAUGUUGAUGUUUCCUUGGACGGUAAAUCGCUCUCGGGUUAAAUCACUGCACACGGCUCACGCACGUUUACCGUCUGUGCUGCUGUUGCGUCGUUGGAAAUGUACACAACGUACUGCGCAUGCGCGAGACAUGAGGCUUUUGACUCCUCAGCGUGGUGCUGCUCUAAAUCUGCCUGUCGGGAACGAUCCGUGCUCUCUCCCUCUCUCUUAAAGCUCCAGAGCUGCUUCAGAAUGAUUCCUUGUCAUUAAUGAAUGCAGCAAUGCCCGAGAAACAUGUCUCACAAAGAAGAUAGUGAAGGGAAAAGGUGCUCUCACCCCACUGGGUUGUACGCCAGCAUCCCCCGAACAUGUCUGCCCAUUGUGUACCACCCAGACUACAACAUCACUUUCAUGGGCCUUGAAAAGCUCCAUCCAUUUGAUUCAGGGAAAUGGGGAAAAGUCAUCCGCUUCUUGAAAGAGGAGCAGUUCCUCACUGAUGGGAACAUCGUGGAAGCCCUUGAAGCUACUGAGGAGGAUCUGCUGGUGGUUCACACCAAAUGUUACCUCAACAGAUUAAAGUGGUCGCUGGUGGUGGCAACGAUCACAGAAAUCCCACCUCUCAUGUGUCUGCCAAAUUUUCUGGUGCAGCGGAGGGUGUUGAGGCCUUUGCGGACACAGACAGGAGGGACAAUAAUGGCGGGGAAAUUGGCUGUUGACCGAGGGUGGGCCAUAAAUGUGGGAGGAGGCUUCCACCACUGCUCCAGUGAAAAGGGGGGGGGCUUUUGUGCCUACGCUGACAUCACUCUGGCCAUCAAGUUUCUGUUUGAGAGAGUGGAAGGCAUCUCCAGGGCGACCAUCAUCGAUCUGGAUGCUCAUCAGGGAAAUGGGCACGAACGGGACUUCAUGGAUGACAGUCGAGUGUUCAUCAUGGAUGUGUAUAAUCGCUACAUAUAUCCCGGGGAUGGAUUUGCUAAAAAAGCUAUAAAAAGGAAGGUGGAGCUGGACUGGGGCACUGAAGACUCGGAGUACCUUCGGAAAGUAGAGCUCCACUCUGAGGGAGCAUUGAAUGAGGUCCGACCCGACAUCAUCAUAUAUAAUGCAGGGACAGACAUCUUGGAUGGGGACCCGCUUGGAGGACUCUCCAUAUCACCACAGGGUAUUGUAAAGAGAGAUGAGAUAGUGUUCCGAGCUGCAAGGCGACGGGGCAUCCCCAUACUCAUGGUCACAUCUGGCGGAUACCAGAAAAAAACAGCCCGCAUCAUCGCCGACUCCAUUCUUAACUUGCACCAGCAGGGUUUGAUUGGAGCAGAGGCUCUGGAGGGGGAGGGCUCGUCAUUGCAGGUGACCAGUAUGCUGUCCCACUCACGGCAUGCAGGGUCAACAUUCAACGCUGUCUAAGGCCUGCGGUAUACUCGCUGUUUAACCAUGCGUAGGAAAGUGGCUGCACCGUGAACGGAAGACGGCAACACUAAUGUUAAGAUCAAGACAACAAAAGAUACGAUCGUGCAUUCCUAGGUGGUAUGUUGAAAAUGGCGAGCUUACUUCUCUGAGGACGUGAGGUCUGAGGACAAAGCAGCUCUCUUGCGUAUGCGUAGUUAACAGCAAAUAUGCCGCAGGCCAAUACUCACAGCUGUGACCUCUAUAGCUGUGAGGUUUGAAAGCAGCAGGGUGACUUUAUAUGUGACAGCAGCAGUCAUAUUGUGAGGAAGGAUGCGUGUUUGCACAUGUACAACAAAAAGUUCACAAGCAUUGUUUUAUGUAUAAGUUGGUGAUUAAUUAAAGGGAAUAAUAAUGCAAAGAGGGAAUUUGGUGUGAAACAAUAACAUUCUCUUGGCUACAGCAGAUUUACUUAAGCUCUGACGAGCCACAAAAAGAGUGUUUAAACUUUAAUCUAAUGGAGAACAAUGGGGUUAUGUUUAAUGUAUGUUCAGGGCUGUGUAUUAGAGAGGCAUUCUUUUAUCUCAGGAAAUGUACUAAUGUCAUUUGUGAAGAAUAUGACUUAUUAAGAGUCCAUGAAAUGGUACAAAGGUCGAAUGUUGUUGCAGAAACAGGGGAAGUAUGUUAAUUAUCCUCCAUCGCAGUGUACUGCGAUGGAGAUUAAAAAUCUGAACAAUAGGUGCUUGUGCAAAGUUUGACUACCAAACAUGAUUAAAUGUGAUCUUUAACCUUCUUAAAGAAACUAAUGUCCUCUUUAGCCCUUAUUAGCAUUUGUGUUUCAUAAUUUCUAGUGUAAAUUGGAGAUUUUCCUCUCGAUAAUAUUGUACUAACUAAAGAGUUAUUGGUGUUUUAUUAAUCAUGUUCAACCAUUGAUGGGUUUAUUUUCUUGUUAAUGCACUUGGUGCUUUAAAUCCACUCUGAUAUCUGCAGUUGAUGUUUACAGGGAGAUCAGUGUGAUUUCAUCAUAGGUACUUACGUAGGUUUUUCUGUCUCUUACGCCGCAAAUUAGAUUUCAAUUCGAUUUGAAACAGUAAAACACACGACUCUGAGCACUUUAUCUUUUGUAUAUGGUGAAAGAAGGUUCACCAACAUUCCCAAGCUCCUGAAAAUCAAAGGUCUUUUUGCGGUGUGUUUCUGAUUGAUUUGCUCUAGCGAGACAUUGAGAACUCUCUUAAUGAUGUUUACAAAUACAGUAGAUGUUUUUAAAAUUCCAUUAUCAAUAUGAUCGAUGCAGUAGAUGCAGCCACUUCACUGCUUCCAAAAGACACUAAAUUAUCUUGUUCAAAUGUAGACUGUAUCUCGUUCUGUGUGUGUGCGUGCGUGUGUUCACCCUUUCCUUAUUGUACAGUAUACAUAAACGUGGUAUGAGAGACAGGAAACAGAUGGAAUUAGUGGUAUGACUGUGGACAUUGCUAAAAUGUUGUAUGGACCUUAUCCAUUUAUUUAGCCAUAAAUCAAUUUAAUGAUAAACUAGAAAUAAUUACAUUUUAUUGGCCAAGUAAAUAGUUUGGAUCUGAGAAUGCUGCAGUAUUGUCCAAAACCAAACUCCUACAAGGCAAGAAACACCAGUGGCCAGAUAUUCAGACUGAUUUUCACACACAUAGUCUUGUUCCAGAUCGGUGGAUCUCUGCCAGCAUUACUGAAUGUGUAAGUAAUUUGUGUAAUUUAGACGAGGUGCUAUUUGUGAGAAAGAUUGAGAAUGGGAAGCCACUUCAAAACAUAGCUUAGGGCUAAGAUAAUGUUCAAUCCACAAAACUGUGAUUGGGUUGUGAAAAACAAACCAACUACUCCCACCAGCCACUACUGCAGCUUCCUGGUUAUGUCAGCAGGACACAUACUGCUGGCUCACCACUGGUAUGUUCAAUUAAGCACCCCUCCUAAACAACAACUACACUGUGUCAGACUUUAAGAAUGAAGGGUUUUGAAAUGAUUAGUCCAAUAACCAGCCUGAAAGUGAACCUAACAUAUUUGUAUAGUUCUUAUAACUAACUGUUCAAAACAUCACUCGUUGUUUUACUGUUAACUGACUUUUCAGAUCCUCCCACUUCAGGUUGAGCCUCCUCAUAAAGUUGUUUAGUUAAUGUGGUUAAACGGUUGGUUCACUUUGGACAUGUCUCACAGUCUGAUUGUUUGGCUGCUUGUGUUUCCACAAGACACCAAAAUAUAUAUUCAAAUAAAUACAUUUUAAAUCCUUUAAAAUGUUGUGUAAGCCAAACCAAUUUUGAGGCACUGGUUUGUCUCUACUCUACUGUGCAUAUAUAUGAAUUCAGUAUAUUUUAUAUCCAGAUCUUUGUCUAGAUCAAAGCCAUAUACAACUUCCCAAAUUACAGCAGCCGCCUGAGGGAAGACAGUAGAAUGCAGGUAUGGACAGAGCUGAUAUAUCCUGUGUUAGGACUGUUAAGACAGCUCAGGGUAAAGAAUGAGACAGGACAAAGCUGAAGACCAAAUUAGAAGAAAUGUUCCUGUGACUGUGAAUAUGGCCAAGGGGUAUAUUUUAUGAUGGAACCGCCUGCUCUGCGGCUCACCAUUACGUCAGACCUGUUCUUCUGUUUUGCAGUUGACUGGAUCUGAAGUGGCAGCUGGCAGGUGCUGCUGUAAUGAUUUUCUAAUGUAUUUUCACAUUCAUUAUCUUCUGCUGCUCUGGCUCCACACUACUGUUUUUUCUUGUCUGAGUUACAAAAGUUCCGCCCGGAGCACAGACUCCUGAUCAUUUAACGGAUUAAAAUGCUUUCUAUCUUUGAACAGCAUGAACGAGUCAGUGUUGGCUUCGUAUUCAGGAAGCUGCUUGGACACGUUCAUAAUGAAACUGUGAGAGGCGGGCCAUAUUAACGCUGUCAGUGCUAAUUAGCUCAAGCCUUUGAUCUGGUGUUGCUGCCUUUGAACGAGGCUGAAAUGUUUAGUGCAGUCUACCUUUAAUUAGGUCUCAGAAUAUAUCACUUACUGUAUGCAGGCCUCUUUAAUACCUGACGUGAGCCCAUCGUCCAGCUCAUCAGCUCCUCUCUGUGUCAGCCAGCGUUUUAGCAAAUAGUGCUGGUUGGAGGUUUCAUGCCAAAAAAAACCUGAUGUCUUCAGAGUUGUACUGAACUGGUGCAUUUGUUGUUUGUGCUGACAUUGAAAAGUACGUCUAUGCAUUCAUAAUGACAUUGAAUAAAUCCUGUGAUAUCAAA